CGCUGCUCAAAUUUCCGAAUUCUGCAGAGAAAGACUGAAGCGCCUGGUGACUACAAGAGAAGGGAACCGGUGUGUGCUCGAUGAGCUUCAAUCUGCUAGCAAAGCCGGCGGAAGAGCCAGCAGUCGCUCUUCCUGCUGCUGCUCUAUCAGAAGGCGGAGAAGAAGAGGUGCUCUUCACGGUCGAUGUCGACAAGCAUGAGGAAAAUGACACGCAUGAGGCGCGGCAACCUAUUAACGACGCUGCUGGCCCUGCUAAGCAAGCUACAAGUGAAGCGGAGAAAGCAGGUGACAGCGAAAGCGACGCGGAAGAUGCAGAAGACUGGGCUGAUAUCUCAAAAGGGCGCUACUUUGGUGACCCUAAUGAAGCGACGGAUGCACAACGCUGUCACAACUGUAAAGGCAUAGGACACAAGCGGAAAGAUUGUCCGCAUUCACUGUGUCGUACGUGUGGCGCGUUGGAUGAUCAUGACACGGUCCGGUGUCCGCUCACACAGCGAUGCUUCAACUGUGCGCGUCUGGGACACUUGGCGAGCGCAUGUCCAGAGCCACAACGCCAAUCUGGUUCUCACUGCAAAGAAUGCGGAUCUCGUUCUCAUCUCGCUCGUUCGUGUCCUCAAAUAUGGCGUCUGUAUCAUCCAGACGUUCACUUCAAUGCGGAUAGUACAGACUGGUCUGUGACGCCGUACUGCUAUAACUGCGCAGAUCAGGGACAUUACGGUGAUGAUUGUGAUUUACCACAUCGCACACGACUCUUGGAACCUUCUGCAUUUUGUCUUGCCAAUGAACCAGAGUCAACGAAACCGCGUGCGACACAGCAUCAGAAGCAGAGGAGCCGAGGGUCGGUCCCUCAAGCACCGGCUGCACAUUACACAGAAACCUCCAAGGGAUCUGCUCAUGGCUCUAGUCGUGGGAAUGAGAGGCGUUAUACGCCGUACCAGCGUCCUGAAGUUGUUUCAGAGCGCUAUCCACGGGGUGCACCUGGAUAUGGGUCUGGAUCAGGCGGUGGCAGGGGUCGCGAUUCAGGCGGUCGUGGGUCUGAUCGUGGGUAUGGUCGGGAGAGGGACUCGUAUGAUGAUCGAGGAGGACGGCAGCAGAGUCGUGGCGGCAAGCCAUACAGAGGCGGUAUGUUUGCGAAGAAUCGACGGCGGUAGUCUAUAAGUAUAAGUAGUAGUAAGUAGUAAGUAGCAGUGUCCAUCUGAG